GGCAGAAGCAGCCCACCGACCGCAGAGCAGGGUCGUACUCAGCAGAGGUCCGAUCAGACGGGCCACGUGACGUCAUUAAGGAGGUGCUCUGACGUCACUCAGGGUGGGGGUUUUGGAACAGCUUAGUGUAACAGCUCGUUUUCAGAUUUGGAAGGAAAAUCAUGUUCUGGUUGGGAUUCACAGGAGUGCUGCUUCUUUGUCACAAAGAGGUGCUGGGAAGCUGGGAUGAUUGGUGGACCUACGAAGGAAUAUCAGGCCCCGCCUACUGGGGAGUGUUCAACUCGGACUGGCACUUCUGCGCCCGCGGUCGGCAGCAGUCGCCAAUCGACAUUGACCCGUACAAACUGCUCUUUGAUCCGCUGCUGCGACCCGUCCACCUCGACAGGGUGCAGACCCGCGGCCUGCUCAACAACACGGGUCGUCUGCUGAUGUUUCGGACGGAGGACGGAGACGGGUGGCCACCUCUGAACAUCAGUGGCGGCCCGCUGCUCUAUACAUAUCAGCUGGCCGAGAUUCACAUCCACUUCGGUAUCAACAACAGUACUGGGUCAGAGCACAAGAUACACGGCUACUACUUCCCGGCAGAGGUGCAGCUCUAUGGCUUCAACUCGGACCUCUACAAGACUAUGUCGGAAGCCGUGCUCCGACCGCAGGGGAUCGUCGCCGUCUCCAUCAUGGUGCAGAUUGGAGAAACGACUCAUCCAGAGCUCGCGAAAAUCACAAAGUGUCUCCCCAAAGUGCAAUAUCAAGGUUCCACGUGUGCCAUCCAGGACCUGUUUGUGCGCGACCUGCUGCCGCAGACCAAGCACUACAUCACCUACGAGGGCUCGACCACGCUGCCGGGCUGCUGGGAGACGGCCACCUGGGUGCUCAGCAACAAACCCAUCUACCUGUCACCGGCCGAGCUGCAUCGAAUGCAAGGUCUGGUGCAGGGCUCCAAGGAGGAGACGAAGGGCCUGCUGGGGAACAACCGGCGGCCGCUGCAGCAGGCGCACCACCGCACCGUGCGCACCAACAUCAACUUCCCUGGCGCCGGAGAGAAAUAUUGUCCCACGAUGGAGCAACAAAUGUUUUACAAAGCCAACCGGCCGGGCAGGUGACCGCGGAUGACCUGAGGUCAGACAGGUUAGUGACCUGCUGAGGUCAGCUCAGUGACCUGCUGAUGUCAGACAGCCCAGUGAGCUGCUGAGGGCGGACCAUUCAGUGACUUGCUGAUGUCAGACAGCUCAGUGACCUGCAUUGAGGUUAGACAGUGACCUGCUGAUGUCCGGCCGCCCAGUGACCUGACCCCGGUGGCCCCAGUGCUGUUGGCCGUCAGCUCCGAGCCGGCGCGGAGCAGUGAUAUAGUGUGUACGGCUUGUUCAAAGUGUUGCUAUGUCGGGUGUUCCGCGCUGCUGAAUCAUCACCAGGAUUGCAGGCGGUAACUUCCAGAAGCAAUAAUGGAGGGAGGCUUCGAUGGAAAACGGAAAAUACACUAUUCAGUCGAAACUCUCUUGCAUACCGGUGACCUAUCCAGAAAAUGCAUCCUCACAUGUUGAAUGUCACGAUAGGAUAAGUUGAGCAGCGAUAUUGCGCUUUGCUAAAUAUCGGGUAUAUCAAACUGGGUUAUUAACUUAUUAUGAUGGAGCGUUUUAGCGUGAUAUUCACAAAUGAUCAAAAGUUACAUAUAAUUUCAAAAUUGAGGCACAUAAAUUCUCUAUAAUAAGUCUCACCGAGCUUCAACAAGAGCUCGGUCAUUCAGUCUGAGACAUUCAGUCAAGACGCCUUCAAUCUGAAGCAUAAAUGCGUUGGCCACGAGAUUCAUUGAUCGCAGUGUAGGUACCUACCGAUGCUCAGACAUUGUGCAAAAGAAUCGCGUGCAUAACUAUUGGCUGGCAUCAUGUUCUGUCGGCAGUCCUGUAGACAACUGAUGAAGUCGCGCAACUCUGUCCCAAAAUUGAGCAUACGAACAGGCGAAAAAUCCUGCUAGUGUGGUCCAAUUAAAAAGUAUGUGGUUAGAAUCCGUACAGUCAAUGGACAUUGUUCGUUGAACGAGUGUUGACGUAUUUUAGGAGUGAGAUGAGUGUUACAUGCUUCAUUGUUGAUGAACAAAGAAAAAAUAAAGCUGUUCGAAACUUAUUUGUCAA